CGUUAAAUGAUUAGAUUUAUUUCGUCUGUGAUGUUAAAUAGAAUCAAAUGAAAAUCAGAUUAUAGUUUAUACAUAUACUUUUGAAAACAAAAAAAAAUUGAAAGAUAAAAAAUGUGAAAAGUAUAAAUAAUUUAAAAACAACGAAAUAAAGAACGAAGAAGAAACGAACGAAAAGAAAAACAUUGAGUAAAAUGAGAUGAAACGAGAGAGGAGUUGAGAAUAAGCGAAAGGCUAUAUGGUUAGCUAGGAGACGAGACGGUGCAAGACAGGAUCCGUCGAGGUGGGAGAAUGAUGCGAACGAACGAGAAGGCGAGAUUUAAAAGAAUCAUCGAGGAUGCAGCAAGGAAUCAUAUCGUUCUAUGUACUAUUAAUGGUUGUGGGUCUUUUCGUGUCGUCUAAUCUUUCGACGAAUGCCGCACCUCAACAAGGAUAUUGGAGUCAAUUUGAUGAAGAAGAUCCGGAAGCAUUGAUGGAAAUUAUUACUCGACUUGGUCACACCAUGAUACGCAAUCCAGAGCUUGAAAAUAACAAACGAGGAUUGGAUCUCGGUUUGAGUCGUGGAUUCAGCGGAUCACAAGCUGCAAAACAUUUAAUGGGACUAGCCGCGGCAAAUUAUGCCGGAGGACCUGGCCGUCGACGUCGUUCUGAACAAGCUUAGAUUAAAACACAUUUUUGAUCGAUUGAUCGCUAUUUCUCGAAUUUUAACAUCAUAGAUGUUUAUUUAUGCGCGUUCUUUCUUGCAUUCGUUCGUAAAGAUUUCUUUUCUAUUAAUAUUAUAAAUUAAAUCUAUAUUUAUUUUAAAUUAAUUUUCUAUUUUUAUUUCAUAUAUCCAAUUCGCAUAUUUUUCAAUUUAUAUUUUGAUAGUAAAAUAAUUAAUUAAAUUCUAGUCAUCGUUCUAGUUAUAAAGUGACUUCAUUCGUAUUUCAUUAUUAUCAGAAUUCAUGAAAACAUAUGUAGGUAAAAUUAUAUUAAAUUAUAUUAUUAAACAUUAUAUAAGAAAUUAUGAUCGAUCGAAUAUCCUAUAAUUAAAAUUAAUGCGAAAAAUCUGUUUCUAUUUUUCGAUCAUGCUUCUUAUAGAUUCAACGAAGCAAUAUUUUCUUUGCGCAAGAAUGUUUUCAACGACAAUUUCAAUGCACAAUUCUAAUCGAGAUGAUGUAAAUUCUA